CGCCCCCCGCCCGGGGGCCACCCGCCCUGCCGCCCCGCCGCCGCCGCAGCAGCUCACAUCCGCCUGCCUCAGCGCAGCGGCGCCAGCGGCAGCAGCACCAGCAGCAGCGGGGGCGGCGUCGGCGGUGGCAGCAGCAGUGGAGGCAGCAACAGCGUCAGCGGAGGCAUCAGCGUCAGCGGGACUGGUAGAAGGGCGGGCGGCGGGAGCAGCAGCGGAGGGUUAGGUGGAGGUGGAGGUGGCGGCGGCGGCGGCAGCUGCAGCGGGGCGCGCGGGGGCAGUCGGUUUGGGUGGGCGGCGGAGGAUGAGGAGGAUGAGGAGGGAGAGGGUGAGGUUGAGGUGCAGGAUGUGGGGCUGACCCCCGCGCAGCUCAUGGGUGCCGUACAGCUGGUGUCGGAUGUCAAGGUUUGGGAGCAGAUCCUGGCCGCCCGGCGCGCCGAGGAGCGGCGGCAGCACGCCAUUGCGGAAAUCCACCUGCAACACGCGGCCAGGAUCAUACAGCACUCCUGGCGCUCCUUCCUGGCCCGCAAGCGCGAGGAGCAGGCCCGCCUGGACGCGCUGGUGUCGCCCGAGGUGCAGGCCAUGCUGGGCGAGGCGGCCUACCGCGCGAUGCGGGACGCGCGCAACAGACUGGCGCUCACCAAGCUGCGCAAGUCGCUGAGCAGGCGGACGCGGGGGUUCGGGUCGGCGCUGCCUCGCGAUCUGGACCCCAUAUCCGCACGCCACACGCAAGUCCACCUGCCCCCGCCCAUACCCGAGGAGGGGGAGGCAGCCGCCCCCGGUGGCCCCGCUGCUGCUGCUCCUGCUGCCGGCAGCCUCCCCUCCCUGCCGCACCGCCCGCACUCCCGCUCCCCCACCCACUCCCGCACCCGCACCCGCUCCCGCGCCACUACUGCUACAGGGAGGGGCCUGCUGGCGGGCCGCGGA